AUGAAGUUCUUCGUCCCCCUCACGGCCCUUUUCUGCGCUGCCACGGUCACUGCUGCGCCGCUUGUUUCUACUCUGAACCAUGUCCAAGUCCGGUCCUCUGUCGUGUCUUCCUACGUUGAGAUCUCCCGACACACCUACGAGGACACGCCCGAUGAUGAAGAUUGUGACUGUGAUGAGGAGAACCCCAUUCCUGAUUUCGUCGACGACUGCCUCGCUGGAGGUGAUAUCAGCGCUGGCCUGCACACAAUUCUCGGUGAUGCCAACUUUGCUGCACAUGUCAUUGAAUUGAGUGCCAAUGCCGAGUUCCUCGUCAAGUUUCAGAAGCUCUGUGGCAGCGCUGAGUUCAUCAGCCAGAUCGAUCUGCUGUUCCACAACGAUGCCUUCCUUGACAAGUGCACCGGCAUCGUUGCCGGUGGCAAUUUUGGCGCUCAGAUUGGUGUUCUCCUCUCCAAUGUUGAAUUUAUGAAGCGCUUCUCGGCUGGCAUCAGUGCUGAUGCCUUCAUCUCUCUCUUCGGUACUCACUUUGGCGCCAACUUCGACUUUGGCGCCAAGAUUGGGGGCUUUUUCAAGAGCAGCAGCUUCGUCAAAUUCUUCGUCAGCCUCUGCGGCAAGGGUGUCGUCGGCGGCAAGUUCGGCAUCCUCUUCGGCGACAGCCUGUUCAUUUCCAAGCUACAGGCUCUUCUAAGUGUCAAGGCCGGAUUUGGCGCCGCGCUUGGUGGUCUUCUCGCUGAUGUCGACUUCAUGGGCCACAUUUGCGGCAAGCUCGGCUUCGGCGCCGACCUGACAGCCAAAUUCAUUGCCCUCUUCGGCGCCAAGGUGAACUUUGCCGCUCAGCUCGAGCUGCUCCUCGGCGCCAGCUUCAAGGGCAAGUUCAGCGCCCUCCUCGGCGCUGGCAGCUGCACCGAUCUCCUGGCCGGCUUCUUCGGCAAGCUGAGCUUCAACGAGAUCUGCGGCGGCGGCUUCAAGGGCGGCGCCUUCUUCAAGGCUUGGGCCAAGCUCUUCCUCGAGGCCGACUUUGCCGCCAAGUUCUGCGGUUUCCUCGGCGCCUUCCUCUCCGCCAAGAUCGGCUUCGUCGCUCUGAUCGGCCAGAUCUUCGCCGACAAGGUCUUCUGCGUCGCCGCCCUCGGCCUCUUUGGCAUCAAGGCCGCGCUCUCUGCGGGCCUGUGCGCCAUUCUCGGCGGUGCCGGUAUCGUCUCGCUCGUCACUGGCUUCGUUGCGAGCACCCUUAGCGUCAUUGUCGGCGGCGCCUUUGGCUUCCUUGGCAAGCUUUUCGGUGCUGUCAAGGGCGGAUACAGCCACUGGUAA